CGCGCCGGCUGUGAGGUCAUCAUGCGCGGCCGGAAGGAAGGAGCGGAGCGGUUGUUUCCGUUGCUGGGGCUGGCGAGGGAGGCGGGGGGCCCCGCGCGCCUGUGGGAGCCGCGCGCCGAGCGGGGGCGGGGGCAGCGCGCGCCGGGGCCGGCGGCGACGGCGGGGGGGCGGCCGGGCGGGGGCGAGCGGGGGCGGGCCGCGGCCAUGGCGGGCAAGGCGGCGGCCGAGCCCCUGGGGCGGACGGCGGAGGAGGUGGCCUGGGCGGAGGCGCUGCGCGGGGCCUGCGAGCCCGAGCACCACUGGCGGCACCGCCGGGAGUUCCUGCUGCGCAACGUGGGGGCGCCGCCGGCGGCGGGCAGCGCCGAGCUCCAGCGGCUCGUGUCCCUCUCCAUGGUGUGGGCCAACCACGUCUUCCUGGGCUGUCGGUACCCGCCUCAGGUCAUGGGGAAAGCGCUGGAAAUGGCCGAAGGCAUCCAAGUGACCGGCGCGCCCGUCCGCACCACGAGAGAUGAACUGGUUGCCAAGGUGAAGAAAAGAGGCAUAUCAAGUAGCAAUGAAGGGAUAGAGGAGCCCUCCAAGAAACGAGCUGUAGAGAAAAGCAAAGACUCUAAGGAUACUGGAAAGGAUGUGAAAACUACCAAGCCAGAAGCCCCUAAGGAAAUGGAGAGCACAUUGCCAAAAAAGCAGGAAAAAGAUACCAGCAAAGACUCAGAAAGCUCAGACUCGCUUUGCAGUUCAAACCAGGAAGCAGGCGCAGCAUCGGGCACUGAAAUAGAAGGAAAACCUGCUAAUGCUGAAAAUACCACUGAGCAAAAGCCAACUCCAUCUCCGUCUGAAAAGGAGCCAGUAGAGAAGCCUUGUUUAAAUCCAUCUAAGGAGAGCAAGUGUGAAAACGUGCCAUCACCUGAAAAGAAAACUACGUCAAGUACGGUGCCGCCGGCUGCCAAGGGCGCCCCGCAGGCAGGAGCGGUGCCGCCGGCUGCCAAGGGCGCCCCGCAGGCAAGCGCUGCAUCUCUGUCUUCCAAAAACCAAGCAAAUGCCCCAUCGGCAACAUCCAAGGGUGGCGCUCAGGCGGGCGCCUCGCUGCUGCUGGCCCCGAAGGGUGGCGCUCAGGCGGGCGCCUCGCUGCUGCUGGCCCCGAAGGGUGGCGCUCAGGCGGGCGCCUCGCUGCUGCUGGCCUCCAAAGGCAGUGCUAAGGCGAGCUCCUCGCUCCUGGCCUCCAAGAGCAGCGCUGAGGUGGCUGCCUCACUGCUGGCUGCUCGAAGUGGCGCUCAGCAAGGUAGCUCACUGCUGGCCUCCAAGAGCAGUGCUCAGGUGGCCGCCUCGCUGCUGGCUGCUCGGAGUGGCACUCAGCAAGGUGGCUUGCUGCUGACCUCCCGGGCUGGUGCUCAGGGAGGUGCUUCACUGCUGGCCUCCAAGGGUGGCACGCAGACAGGUUCUCCACAACUUGCCUCCAAGAGUAGCUCGCAGGCAGGUGAAAGUCCUGCUAGAGCUUUGUGCAAACCGUUAACCAGUGAAGAUGCAAAGGAAAGGCAGCCUUUUUUCAACAGACUAUACAAAGCUGUAGCCUGGAAACUGGUUGCUGUUGGAGGCUUCAGUCCUAAUGUAAAUCAUGCAGAACUUCUAAACUCAUCUAUUCAGUCUGUAAAAGCUACUUUAGAUGUUGCUUUUGUUCCACUGAAGGAACUUGCAGACUUACCUCAGAAUAAGAGCUCUCUAGAAAAUAUAGUCUGUGAACUGAGGUGCAAGUCUGUCUACUUGGGUACUGGCUGUGGUAAAAGUAUGGAAAAUGCCAAAGCAGUUGCUUCGAGAGAAGCUUUGAAAUUAUUCCUCAAGAAGAAAGUUAUUGUGAAGAUAUGUAAAAGAAAAUACAAAGGAAGUGAAAUUGAAGAUUUGGUACUUCUGGAUGAAGAAUCAAAACCCUCAAAUUUACCUCCAGCUUUAAGAAAUCCUCGAGAGAUCGUGUAGGCAAGGAUUGCUGUUUAUACUGUGUAUAGUAUUUCAACACAAGAACUGAAGGUUAAUUUUGUACUUUAAAAACAUAGGCUUCCAGAUAUUUUGUAUUUCUUUCUCAGUUUUGCAAGACAAUUAUAUUCCUUUCACUUGGUAGCAAUUGUAUAAAACUUGUUAGAGAUGACAAGUGCGCAUUUAAAGGUAUGCCUUAAUAUAUAGCACACUAGUGUGCUGUUUUAUUUGCAGAAUAGUCUACCUAAUUCUUCUAUUUUUAAUUAAACAAUUAAGGUACAAUUUGCUGUUUAAAAUCUGACAGUUUUGUAAUUCUUACAAUUUGAUGGCAGUGUGCUCAAUUGUCUACCAUGUCUUUUUUUAGCUGCAUAGAAGUAUGUAUAUAGGGACCAUAAUACUUGAAUGAUUGAAAAGUGUUUGAAAUUUUCAAUCAAAAAGUUGAAUCAUCUGUUUCAGACAUGUUGUUCAUAAUGUUCGCUGUUCCUCUUACUAGGAGAGAAAAUAAUUGGUUGACUAUUUCUAUGAGAAGUUGUAACAGUUAAAGAAAAAAUGACACUUGGAUCCCAUUUAAUGUUAUACUAGCAAGUUAGAUCACAUAUAACAUUACACUAGCAAGUUGUCAAUUAGCAGUCAAGUCACAGUGACUUCAGCCACCAAAACUCUGUAAGCAGAUUUAACUUAUUUUGUGAAAUACCAUUUACAGUUUGAUUUUUUUUCAAAUAAACAUGAAUUUCUAUAUUAAGCAUAUUUUGACUGCUACUAAAAGUGAAACCUCUGGGAUAUGCUUUUAUAGUACUUUGUUUUUAGCUGUUAAAUAUUCUAGCCAUUUCAGUAACUUUUUGCAACACCUUCAGAAAAGCUUUACUUUGGUUUCAAGGUGUAAUUCCUCAAGGAUGUGUUGAUUCUUAUUUGGAUGUAUAGUUGAAAUAGUGUAAACUGAUAAGCGGACCUAUUAAAUAGCUAUUUCUACUUUUGUAACCCUUACCAAGAAGUAGAUGAGCGAAAUCAAGAUGCUGCUGUCUUCUAGAGACAGCAAAUAUACUGUAAAGACUUUAUACUAAUUGAGCCCUUCCUUUGCUACAUUUUCACAUGAUGUUCACAAUGGUUUUAAGCAAAGAAAGUGGGAGAUUACCUUUUAUUUACAAUGUGCUUGAAAUAAAUGCACAAAUUGCAUGUUUCAUAUAUUGGAUAAUGACAUGUAAUGGUAAAAAACAUAAUGUCUUCAGUACUAUUUAGAAUUAAUCUUGUCUAAUUACAGUAGUUAGUAUCAUUUAAUGGAGACCUUGCACUUGAUUGACAGAUUCAUUGAUUAAGUGCUACAGGAGUGAAUAGGAAUUUCUGGGAUCUCAGUAGUAUCUAUGUCCACUUAAGAGUUCAAUUCUGUUGUGAUUUGGGGACUAAAACACAAUGGCAUUGUUAUACUGUACCUUUCGUGAUUUUGGACGCUAGUGGCUAUUCAGUCUGUAGCACCUGGAGACUGUAAGGUGCUUAUAUUGUACUUCUGGUCAGUCAGUUCCUAACUUUCUCCAUCUGAUUGUUGUGCUUCUGUGCCCUAAGUCAUCCUUAACUCGAGUAGGUUUCUCAGGUGUUCCCCAUAUGUAUUUCUGGAGCAUGACCCAACAUUUGGAAUGCAACUUGUUAAACUGCUUCUUAUACAGCAUAAAAGUUUGGUGCUUGCUUCUAGCUCAGAGUGAGUUUCAUGCUGUAUGUAGGAGCUGUGGUAUUCAUGCCAGGAAAUGUGAGACCUGUUUUCAAAUCCUCACCCUGUUGAGGUGGAGACAUCGAAUAACUAUUUUUGAAGGGCAGGAAUUGUUCUAUGCCCUCUUAACUUUAGCUUUUCUGUUGGUUAUUUUGGGCAUCUCCUAAUUUGUGGUUGAAAAUUGCAGCAUGUGUUGCAAUGUGAAUAUCCCAAUUUCCCAUCUGUAAAAUAGGGCUAACAGUAUUUACUAACCUAAAAGGGAUGUUAGGAUAACUGUGUUAAAAGGUGGAGGUGCUAGAAGCCUUUUUUAAAGUCCUGACAAACUUUCUAUUUUUUUUUAUUUUUGAAUGUUAUUUCUCUUAGCUGUUUGGUUGUGAUUCAUUAAAGGAUGAGUGUAGCUACUCCUACUAUAAACUCUGAAAA